AUGAAUUUUUCUGCUUUACUGCUCUCUUUGAUCGUUUUACUAACAAUUUCACAUAUUCAGUCAGAUUCCACAGAAAAUCCUCCAAGUGAGGCGAAUGACGACGACUUAUCCGAACUUUUACAAGACUUAGGUGACAAUCUUGGAGAUUGGGCUAGAAAGCUUCUGAACGUUAGCACCUCACCAUCGAUAAAGAACACUGUCAGGAAUGGGGUGCAUCUUGUUCGCACUAUGCUCGAUAUGUUUUUGGAGGGAUUAGAAGAUACGGACAAUGAAGAAAAAGCGCACGAAGAACUAUGA